AUGCGGAAAGACCCUCGCACCUGUGACCCCUGGCCAUCUCCUCCAUUUUCGCUUUUGCGCUCCUUCACCCGCACGUGCGAGUACGCGCAUGCGAUCUCCCCACCGCAGGCAGUGGAUGCACAUGACAAUGGAAUUAAUCGGUAUGACACAGACCAGAACCCGAAAUAUGUAAUAAACACACAAUUGCCUUCAAGAGUUUCAAGAUUCAACUUGGAUUGGAAUGACAGUGAUCAGUCCCCUCAAAAGGAGAAUCAAGGCUUUGAACGUGCUAUGAAAUUGGCUGGUUCUGAGUUUCUAGAAAGUAUUCAUUACCACGCAAAAUCAUGGUUACCAGCAAGGUCAAUUGUCAAGGACGCUCUUCUAAAAAGAAAGGGUGUCGACCCAAGUGGAGAAAUUGUGAUUUUAGCAAGAACUUGUCCUUGGAAGUCUCACUUAUAUGAGCUUGAGGAGGAGUUGAAGAUUGAUUCAACACUUAAAUAUGUUCUGUUUCAGGACCAAAGAAGUAAGGAUUGGGAUGUUCAGGCAGUGGCAAUAGCACCAUCUGUUUUUAAAUGA